AUGCCGUCCCACAGAUCAGCAGCUGCUUCUCUACUGGCAGCAGUAUGGCUCUGCCUCGGCGUAGCGCUGCUUGGGGUUGGAGCAGCUCCGCCUAGGCCUAGCAGCAGUUGCCAGAGAGACUGCGGCGGCGUGGACAUCCCUUACCCGUUCGGCAUCGUCGACUCGCCCGGCGACAGCAGCAGCGACUGCGCCAUGCCCGGGUUCGGCCUGACCUGCCACGAGACCGAUGUGAAUGGCGGGCGCCGCACGCCGUUUUAUUACGAGGUGGAGGUCGUCGACGUCUCGCUGCAGCAAGGCCAGGCCAGGAUGCAGAAUCAUAUCUCCUCCUACUGCUACAACGCCACCACUCAGGGCAUGGACGCCAGCGAGUGGCGCCUCACCGGCACGCCCUACAGGUUCGCCGACACCAACAAGUUCACCGUCAUCGGCUGCCAAACGCUGGCCUACAUCGAGGGCGCGCACACCCACGAGUACACAAGCGGCUGCGUGGCCAUGUGCCGAGCAGAAAGCGACGGCGAUGCGAGGUCGGCCCUCAGCAACGACUCCUGCUCCGGGAUUGGGUGCUGCCAGACCGCCAUCCCCAGGGGCCUGCAGUACGAAGUGGAGUUCGACUCCGGCUUCAACACCACCAAGAUCCACAACGUCAGCCGCUGCAGCUACGCCGUGCUCAUGGACGCCUCAAACUUCACCUUCCAAACAACCUACGCGACCUCACCGAGGUUCAACACCACCUACGGCGGAGUCGGAGUGGCGCCGCUGGUGGUGGACUGGGUUGUCGGAAACCAGACGUGCGACGCGGCGCGCAAGAAUUCCUCGUCCUACGCCUGCGUCAGUGACCACAGCGAGUGCUUGGACUCGCUCAAUGGACCAGCCUACAUCUGCAACUGCUCCAAGGGCUUCCAAGGCAAUCCUUACCUGCAAGAUCCGGAGCAAGGAUGCAAAGAUAUUAACGAGUGCACAGACCUGGCAAAAUACCCUUGCUCUGUACCUGGAACUUGCAAAAAUUUGCCCGGUGGAUUCAAUUGUCGUUGCCCCAAGCAUACCAAAGGCGACGCCCAGAAUGGGACAUGCGAGAGAAACCACACACUUGGUCUUGGAGAAAAAUUCGGUAUAUGA